AGUAAAUGUUUAGCUUUUUGUAGUUGACACAAGAAGCUACGCUUAGCGGUGUCGGGUGAAGGUUAGUGGAGCGCCCGGUCAGUACAUAAUUGUUCCGUUUUUAGAUCUCAACACGAUUGUUUACAGUCACAGAAAAGCAGGUCAAUCUCGUCCCAACGACAAGAAGUGGGGGCCCACACAGCCCCCGUUUAUCCGGAUAACAUCUCAUCUGGCUCUUUGGGGCCAUAACUGCCACCAAAAAUGUCUGCUAAAGAUAGUCUGUCUAAUGGAGCGGGGCCCGUCUAUGACGGCAAAGACGACGCCCUCAGGCCAGAUGAUCUCUCUGAGAUGUUGGCAGCCGGGACUAAAGACGUUCACGAAAAGGCAGAAAACACGCAAUUUGUAAAAGAUUUCCUGAGGGGACGAAUCCGUAAGGAGCUCUUCAAGCUCGGCGCCGUAGCGCUCUACUACACCUACACGGCCAUGGAGGAGGAAAUAGAAAGGAACAAGGACCACCCCCAAUUUGCAGCCCUCUAUUUCCCAUCGGAGCUGCACCGCCAUGAGGCCCUGGCCCGCGACCUUGAGUACUUUUACGGCCCAGAAUGGCGGAGCCUGGUCAGCUGUUCCCCAGCUACCCAACGCUACGUGGAUCGCAUCCACGACGUAGGCCGGGAGGACCCGGUGCUGCUGGUGGCCCACGCGUACACCCGCUACAUGGGGGACCUGUCUGGGGGCCAGGUGCUGAAGAAGGUGGCACAGAGAGCCUUGAAAUUACCCCCGACGGGGGAGGGCCUGGAAUUCUACCAGUUUGACGCCAUCGACAGUGCCAAAGCCUUCAAGCAGCUCUACCGCAGCCGCAUGAACCAGCUGGAGCUGGACGUCCUGACUAAGGAGAGGCUGGUGGCUGAGGCCGUCAAGGCCUUCCAGUUCAACAUGGAGGUUUUUGAGGAGUUGGAAGACUUGGGCCAAAACUUCAAGGAGGACGUUUUAGACGCCGGGAUGCCUGUCCAUGGAGCCAUGGGGGGAGACAUCAGCAAAUGCCCCUACUAUGCUGCCAAAAUGGCGGCCACAGGCGGGACGGCGUACGCAUGCCAGCUCGCCGCAGCCGUCAUACGACACCCUACCGGUCAGGUCCUGAUCGCGACUUGGUUUGCGGCGUUGGCGGGCCUGGCUGCGUGGUAUCUGAUGUGAGCACACGCAUGCACGGACGCAAGUAAGAAGAGCGGACACCAUUUCACCCAAGUUAUUUUACUUGUCUUACUUGACUGAAUAUACUUGGAGCUUUUACUUAAGGACCGUACUCACCCCACUCCCACUUGGCUUUUCUACCUCCUUUGCGCCAUCCAUCCAUCCAUCCAUCCUAUCCGUCACCCAUCCAUGUUCCAGUGACACCGUGUUUGUGAGUGAAACAUACUAUGCAUACUGUAGGUCAUACUGUAUGUUCUUGUGCAGUCCAGGGCUCACUUGGACUCAGGCAAGAUGGUUUAAACUACAAGGACUAACACGGCAUUGAAGAACGGUUUAUGUGUCAUAUAAAAAAGUCUUCACUUUGUUUAAUUUGACUUUAACAAAGUAAAAAGUCCAUUUACGAGGUGCUGAAAGCUCCUCAUCCCAUUUCAGGGUUCCUACUUGGGCCAUCAUGUGCUCAUGGAAAAAAUAGCACAGCACAGCAUAGAAUAGCAUAGCAUAGCACAGCUGUAUUUCCUCAUAUAGUGGCCUUGGAGGUUUGUUUUACUCGACUGCAGAGAGUAGCAGGCAUCUACGUAUAAGAGAAGGCUUUUAUUUUGAAAAUGGCUGCACUUAUUGUUUCACAGUUUGAAUAUGAAAUGUGAAAAAUGAAGCUAUAUUAUAUAAUAUAUAUAUAAUAUAAUGUAUCAAUUGCAAUUAUUAUAAUGACAUAAAAUACAAAAAUAUGCAAAAAAUAUGCAAUGCCAUACAAGUGCAUAAAAAACUAUUUCCCACAAAUUAUUAAAUACUGUUUAAAAAUAUUUCAAUGUAGUAUAUAUUGUAAUUCUUACAUAUGUAAACAUCAAAUAUAUGUAUUUUUAAAAAUAAACUCAAGAUUAUUGAAGGGCAAACCUUUAUUUGUGCAAAUGCAUUAGAAAUAUUUUCCACAAAGUAAAAAAAAUGCAGUUUAUUUAAAAUCAUAUAUUAUAAUUUAUAGAUUUUUAAAAUAAUUAUGUAUGAAUUAUAUAUUUUAUAGAAUAAAUUCAUUGUAGAUGAUUGAAAAUAAAAUAUUUAAUCUAUUCUUGGAAGGGAAAUGAUCUUCACACAAAUAAGAAAAAGUUGCUUAUUUAAAAAGCAAUACUACAGUUUAAUAUGUAUUGUAAUUAUAGUAUACAAUACAAAAUGAAAUCUGUAUGAAUGACAUAUUUCAUUAAAAAUGUCAGCUUUACAGAUGCUGUGACACACGACUGUGUCGGUGGUCGUGAGCCGCCCAUUCGGGGUGUGGCGUUUAUUUGUCUAGGGCGGAGGCCACUUUUUGAGGAAAUAAGACUAUUGGCAUCUUGCGUACGCUCAUAAAGACUGAUGCCAGCAUCAGCGAGCCGCUAUGUACACAAUGCCACAAUCAUGCAACGACAGCCCGUUUGGAAGGGCACAGCUUCUACGACGGAUGGGUCGCCUUUAUUAGACAUAGGAGAUUACCGCUUUAUUUUUAUGUGAUGUUAGAAGCCUUGCUGGAGUGAAUAAGCAGGAAGUACCACCAAAGGGAUGUCCCCCUGAUGCAUAUUUGACCAUGAUAUUUACUGUGGAUAUGCAGCGUGGUUGCACAUUGUGUGGUGAACAUGUAAAUGACUGGAAUAAUGAUGUAUUCCUCUUCUCAGCAGGGUCAUGUGAUAGACAGAGGGAGUCCAGCAUGAUACAGGAAGUAUGACUAAGCUAUUUUAGAGUAUGAUUUUAGUAUUGUGUGUCUGCUCAACAGUGCAGUCAGAAGCUUUGCAGUUUGUGACUGAUUUGCAUGAAUUAUACUUCAUAAAUGACUGCACGGUAAAUACGCCGUUGUUUGUAAAUACAGGAAAUAAAUAUGAUCCGCAAAUGA